CAAAACCCCGUGUAAUACCCUUCGUGUCUCUGAAACGUGUCUACCGCUCGAAGGGCUUGCGAACGCGUUCUAUGGAGUCAACACAUACGAGAGACGCGUCCGAGCCGCCCAAGUCUCCGACGAAAGCCUCGGCGUCGGCGCACUCGUCGUGGUUUACAUGGAACCUGGACAGCACGGAAUAUGAUCUGUUGCUCCUCUCGACUUGCGUAAAGUUACUUCUGUUCCCGGCCUAUCGGUCUACAGACUUCGAAGUCCAUCGCAAUUGGCUUGCGAUCACACACUCCCUUCCCAUAUCCAAGUGGUAUUACGACACAACAUCAGAGUGGACGCUUGACUACCCUCCCUUCUUCGCAUACUUCGAAAAGCUACUUUCGAUUCCCGCUUCCUUCAUCGACCCUGCUAUCGUCGACCUUAACAAUCUCAACUACGACUCUUGGAGCGUGAUUGCGUACCAAAGAAGCACGGUCAUUGUAUCUGAAUUGGUUCUGGGCGCCGUUCUCCUCCGAUUCAUCCGUGGUUCCGUCGAUCCACCAACACAACGCAUCAUAUCAGCUUCUCUCUUCCUCCAUCCGGGUUUCUUGAUCGUGGACCACAUACAUUUCCAGUACAAUGGAUUCAUGUUCGGUAUCUUGCUGUGGUCAAUCCUCAUGGCUCGCAACGGCAAUAAACUAGCAAGUGGUAUCCUUUUUGCGGUGCUGCUCAAUUUCAAGCACAUCUACAUGUACCUGGCGCCCGCAUACUUUGUGUAUCUCCUGCGCUCCUUCUGCAUGUCGCCCAGCGGACAGAUCGAGAUCAAGAACUUUCUUGCGCUUGCCAACGCCGUGAUCGCGAUUUUCAUCGUGUCUUUCGGGCCUUUCAUCGUGAUGGGCCAGAUCCCACAAGUGCUGUCUCGCCUGUUCCCGUUCACCCGGGGCCUGAAUCACGCAUACUGGGCCCCGAAUGCAUGGGCGCUGGUUACCGCUGCUGACAGGGUUCUCCUGCGAUUUGCGUCUCGGCUAGGUGUCGAUGCAUCCAUUAAUGCCUCCGGUGUUGCUUCGACGUCUCGUGGACUAGUUGGCGAUACAGUUUUCGCAGUGCUCCCGAAUAUCAAGCCCAUCCACACCUUCAUCAUAACGGUUGCCUUCCAAUCGGUUGCACUGGUCAAACUGUGGUUCACUCCGACAUACAAGUCUUUCCUGACGGCUCUGACCCUUUGCGGUUACGCGUCCUUUUUGUUCGGCUGGCAUGUCCAUGAGAAAGCUAUCUUGCUCGUCCUCGUUCCGCUCAGCUUGUUGGCCGCCGAAAGGCAUGCGUAUUUCCGGACAUUUGUUAUAGCCAGUGUCGCUGGCGUCUUUUCGCUCUUCCCUCUGAUCUUCACCCCAGGAGAAUCGAUAGUCAAAGUGAUAUACUCUGCUGUUUGGGUCAUAUUCGUCUAUGUUCCGCUGACGCGCAGAGUCUAUGAAUUCCCUAAAUCCUUGUCCUUUGUGAUCAUCGACCGAUUAGAGCGGGUCUACCUGGGUGGCUUCGUGGUCCUCCAGGUGGUUCUUAUGAUUCUCAACGCGCGAUCCAGCACCACAUGCACGCCAUCGGAGGAUGCCGCGUGCUCAGAGUCUACAAUGCAGUUCUUGCCGCUGAUGAUGACGAGCGUGUAUUGUGCUGUUGGACUGGUGUGGUGUUUCUGCAGGCUGAUGUUCGUUUAUCUCCACGAGACAACAUACCAAGGACAGCUGAAUCGUAUCUGAAGACUGUUGUACACAAAAUGUCAUCUACUUCUUCGAGAUAUGCACCACUGGCAAAGAUUCA